CUGCAUUCCCACAGAUGAACACUGGAAAGAAAGUUGUAAACGAGAGUAAAGCAGAAGCAAAUGACACAGCACUUCCCUCACUGUCCCUGCUGUAUCGAGAAACAGCUCAUCUAAACGAUUCGACAACAAAACACCUGCAGCAAGAUAUUGACAAUGCGGACAGACUUGGACAACAAGUGCCACCCCUGGAUUCGGUAAGCAGAAGUCCACCUGCAAUGCCACAAGAAGGGCUCCAGUUUUCGGACCUUAUAGACCGUGUGUUCUUUCCCGGCAAAGACGACAAGAAAGAGUCUGGUGAUGUAAACCUCCAUACAGACCAGCUGAGCCCAGUUUACAGUCAAGCACACAUUUACAACGCAACUUCCAUCGGAGCAUCUGUAAUAGAAGCUCGCUAUCCGGUGAAAGAAAACGACACACUUCAGCCAGUGUAUGGAAUGGUGCCGGCUUACCACAGGCCGACGGCAGAGUCCAGCAUAGGCGAAGCUGGCAGCCUGAAGCCUCUCUAUGGGAAACCACCCUCAUUCAGGGAGGAGAGCUCAGACGAACUCAUUUCACAAAUGCACACGCAAGUCAGCACCACUGCAGAGGUUCAUUACGAGCCUGCCAGUUCAUUAGACACAGACAUGCCAUCUACUAAUAAGUCACUCAUAGUGGUCCCAGCUAAAAACUCCACAGUGGAGAGCACAGUGGAAAGCAUUCUGUCUCAUCAAAAUGACACAAAGCAUGAACAAGGUAAACGUCCUCACAUAAGUAUACAUCCCUUGGAGCUGACACCGAUUUAUUACGAUGUGCGCAAGUACACUACAACAACUCGAAGGCCUUCAACGAUCCCGACUACUGCAGGUAGUGAUGCAAAACUCGGCACUAUGACGACAUCGGGGACAACGGUGUUUGUGCAUCGUACGUCCACUGUCGUGGAUGCAUCACCCAUUUCCAAUGAGAGCCACACCACAAGGGAGGCUCCAGAACCACUGCCGGGCUCCAAAACAACAGCAAAACCAGACUACAACAUCUGGGAAUUGAUGUACUUUAAUCGGUCUGCGUCCACCAUAAAGCCAACUGAAGCCAGCAACACGACAGAAACCAACAUAUGGAAACUGAUGUUCUUCAACCAAACGUCACCUACUGCAGAACCAGCAGAAGUGGACAAUGCAACAUAUUCCAGCAAUGAAAUAACCAAAAAAAUAUCACCCGAGAAGCCCGCCGAAGAAGUUGGCUUCACAACAAGCGUAAUCAAGGUGAGGGUCGGCAACACGCUUAACGUCUCCGUGGACAGCAGCAACCAGUCCAAGUAUCGCAACGUUGAAGAAGACGGCAUUAUCGUGAGCGUCUAUCCGGAGCACCAAAUGGACGGCGGAGUCACGGAUCUCCAGGACAUGCCUCUCCAGGGUCAGGCCGAGAGUCGAGCGAUUUCUUCCGGAAGUCUCUACAAGGGAAUCCAACACUCGGGAGACAAGGCCAAGUCACCCGCCGAGCUAACGCAGGUGAUUUCAGACAUCAUAAAGGCUCACAAGAGCGACGAACCCGAAGUCAUCACAGCUCCAAACAUAGACUUUUCGAAACAAGGCAUAAUGACUGUCAAGGUAACGCCGAGCAACUCGUUUAAAGUGUUCUCCUUAGUGCUGUUGGAUAAGAAUGGCACAAGCAAGCACGGCACUACGUCGACGACAGAGCCACCUGUGGAUACUGCACCGUGGGCACCGAUGGGAUCCUCGACAGAGGAUUCUUCCUAUGCAAAACAACACUAUGCCGAAUAUAAUGGGCACAACGUGACAAGCAGUGGCACCUUGUCAUCAACAGAAAGCUACGAGUCGCAGGCUUCCCUCACCAUACAGACCAAGCAGCUGCCAACUGUUGCGUCGAGUGAGACAGUCGAGCAUCCAGAAAAGCCGGAGCUUCAUUCCACAUUUAGAAUUGUACCAUUCCUUGCAGAAGAUGCCAUAUUCAGGCCGGCGAUUCCAACGCAGCCUUCUAUGAUCAACAACAAUACAGGUGCCUACCACAGAAUAGUGAACACCGAUCCCAGAGACACAGUGGAAGACAACUGCUUCGUGGGUGGUCAUUUGUACGUCAAUGGUGAAAUGAUCAAGAAAGGGAACCCCUGCGAGCUGUGCCGCUGCUACUAUGGACGGGAGCUCUGCCAGCAGAAGAACUGCCCACUGCCUCCUUCACCAGCAUGCAUCAGCGAAGCCGUCCCUGGAUUCUGCUGCCCAAAGUACACUUGCCGUCCAGAGGACGUCUACUUUCCUCCAGAUCCCGAGACGACGCCUUCACCUGAUAACCUAGUCCAGCAGUACACCGUGAACGUUUGGUCGGCGAGGAAUCCGACAAGACAUGCAGGUUUCACAGGUCCACAUGGUACCGCUCAGCAGCCCGGGCAUACAAGCCGGAAAAGCACGUCCCCGUGGCCCACAACAUCUUCCUUUUUCCUCAAGAACUCGCCAACACUAAAACCCUACCUCCUGCAGAGACGUCCAGUCCCACAAGAGCAGCAUGAUAGGUACUCUCACUUGUACAGCACGGAAGAAUCGGGCAGUUACGAAGAGACAACGCCACCGCCACCUACGACGACGACCACGACAACAACUGAGCCACCCUCGACUUCUCAGUCGCCUAGCAGUAGCCAGCAUCUCUGGAAUAUCUUCCAGGUUUCAGGCUGCAACAUCUACGGACGGCUCUACGGUGUGAAUGAAGUUGUGCGGGAACUCAGCAGCAAAUGCAAGGCCUGCACGUGCACAUCGCUUGGAGUGCAGUGCAACGAGACGUGUUGAUCAUGACCCUCUUCCUCCGCCCACACCAUCAUUCACACAGCACUCAACAUCCAGUAUUGAGGCAGGGAGGGCACAUUUUUGUCACAAUGAAGACACCGGUGGCAGCAUGGGGGGCUAUCCAACGUGCGUGGACAAACUGAAUUUCGUGACAGCACAGUGCUACGCCACUCCCCGUGCUGGUGGUGCCUGGUGUUGAGAUUUCGACAUGGCCUGUACAGUAUCCGCGUCGUCAGAGAGGGGCGUGAAAGAUUGUCUUGAUUUUUUUAAAGAUUUUUAAAACAGCCCUAUCAUCGCGGCAACUACUUAAACACACCACGCCUUGACCGUAGAUGCCAAAACUAGAGUAAUUACAAAAAAACCUUUUGUUUUAGAAACCUCUUCACCUUCCUUAGGGUGAGCAGCCACGGAAGUCCCUUCCAUCACAAUGUUGAAGUGCACACAUGUCCCACGACCCUGCUUUGUUGAUGUUGAACCAUGCAACAUCGUUGCUGCAUCAGCCAGCUGGUUGCAUUAGUGAUCCUCGACUUCAUAAGAAUGAUGAAGCAGCCGAGGCAUUGUGUGUCUUUUUGUACGGCAUGCAUUUUCUCACGCAUUCAACAUUGUAGCAUGUGCCGUCUUGAACGCUACUGAAGCACAAACUUCAGCUAGGCCAAACAAGGUGGAAGGCUGUUCUCACCAUCCCUGUUUGUAAGGAGGCCACCAAUUUCUCUCUCUCAGUGAAAAGUUAAGCUUUCCUUCAUUCUUACCAAUGCUGUUGCCAGCAUAAUCGUAGAAAAUAAAUAAAAAUUCGACGCUGUCACAAAACAUAGCCUCAAAUGUGUUGUUAGCCAGGACGUUCAAGUGCAAAAAAAAAACUACGCACAGAAUCAACACACGUGCUCGCUUACUUAAAAAGUGGUCUUUUCUGCGAGAUGGACAGAGAUGACAGUUACACAGAAGCAGGGAUGCCAAGUGCAUGUUUCUAAAUCACAUCAAGAAAUAUUUGUAGGCUGCGGUGUAGUUGUUUGCUCACAUCCACAAGAAUGCGUUCGAAUCUUGAAAUUAUCGUUAUCCAAACAAGACUUAAAGCUCUUACAUGACAUCUUUUCUUCUUCACUAGUAUCACCUGUGGGCAUACACAAUGGACCUCACUAAGAAUGCCCCUUAUACAAGUUAACGCAUGCAUGAGUGCAUUCUAUACACCCCAUGUUUUUUUCUUGCACUUGAACAAUUAAGAAGUCCGAAACCCAAUGCCAAUGAAAAGUGACUGAAGUUUUGUUUUUCACUUCUUGCACAUAGAUUCGAGCAAUACAUUGUCAUCUCCUCAGUUUACUUAACGAAGACCAGAAAUCAUGAAUCUACAGUUGGCUUGCAUUUUGUCUUACUGCUACGCAGCAAUUUUCCAGUGCCCUGAUUACACGGAAGGUUUUUAUUCCAGACAACAAUUACUGCCCAGAAUCAUCGCAUUCAACUCCCACAAUAAGAAGCCGGAGGGCUUUUGACACUGCAUGAAUGUUACCUUGCUGCCCAACACAAACUUAACGCAAAGCGUCUUUCAGUAACAUUUGCAACAUUCCUCGUGAAGAGCAGUAUUCAAGCGAUUCACCAGACAGUGAUACCUCAACGGCAGGUAAUUUCAUUCACCAUUGCAUUCAUUUAGAGCUAUAACUACCACAUACCACCAAUCAGCCACCAAGUCCAAGCUUACCGAGGUAAGCUUCAAAUCAAACCGCUCCUUUGCCUAAAGUAACUUGCAAAGCAGCCCAUCAAAUAGCCGAUCCAUACACAUGAGCAGGAAUGCUUGUUCUGCUAGGUUUACAAGACCAAUCUGUAGCUGUAGUAUGCAGACUUCCACAAGUGGCAAGAGUUUUACUUUACUUUGCAUAGCCGAUUUCAUCACACGCGAACUGCCCAGUGACUUAUGUAUGUGUUGAGAAGAGCGUGUCCUAGACAAUCGCAGUAAAUAACUUAAAAAAAAACAGACCUGAAUGAAAGCUCACAUUUUUAUCAGCUCGCAUUUGCACCGUGUCGGCAUACAGGUGUGCGACAGUAGCCCCGUCUUUCUUUUUCUAUGUUCAAAUAUUUUUUAAAAAUUGUGUGUUUAGUAGUUAUUUAUGUCUUCCAAUGUGUGAAAUGUGACAGUGUUUCUGUAAAUAGAUUUAUGUGAAUUUUUGUUAUCCUCCUAUUCACUGGGAUAUUUUUUCUGAGGCAGCGUCCUUACAACCAACGCAAGUUCCACUUUCUCCAGACUCAAAUAAGGCCUAAUCUAAAGUUUUUCUCGCAUUAACAGAGCCGAUUAUUUUGAUGUCAACGAGCAAUAACCGACUUUAUGGCGUAAAAACGACAUACUUGGGUUUUUUGUAUCGACGCUGCACAAAGUGAACUGCCUGUCAAGCCACUUGUAACCCGAAAUUCGGAAAGGACGACGGCUUGAAAGAAUGAAGCGGUGUGUGAACCUGUAUCUGUCAAUACACAUCUAGGGCAAUAAAGUUCUAUCUUUGAAAUAAA